AAGUGCUCUGCGAUGUUUAUUGUUUAGCCUGGGCAAGUGAUUCCAUUCUAGCACAAAUUUCAGAGAUCUUUUUUAAAUAUCAAAUAUUUUUUUGUAGCAUUUUCGCGUAGCCCUAACACGUUAUCUGAGACGUCGUGCGGGAAUUUAAAACAUUAGCCAUGGCAAACCGCAUCGCUUUCCAGACACAGUUAGCUUCCAUUAUGGAGGUGCUUGCGAAUGCAGCCGUGGCUGAGAUAUGUAAACUCGUAGACGACGACUAUGCUGUUAUAAACCUGCAGAUGACUCAAUGCCAGCGUGAAAACAAAGCCAUGAAGAGAAAGCUUCAUAUACUGGAGCUAAAGAUGGCACGGGGGUCGGCGGAGAGGAGGAUUAGCGCACUGAAUCGCGGUAACAGGGUUCAAGUCAGCGCCGCUUUGUCAUACAAAUUCAGGAACCAAACAAACGUCUCGUAUGAAGCCCCGUUUAACACAGGAUUGUGGAGAGGCGGAGGUACAGACUCGACUGGUCAGCAGAAGACUGUUACAAACAAUAACAGAACGGUUGAAGAUCCAGUAGUAUCUGAAGUUAACACAGUACUGAUAAAGGAGGAGAUGUUUGAGGAGAACCAACUACAGCCGAGACUUUUCAUCAGAGAUGGACUUCCACAGACUUCACAGGCUAGAGUGGCAGAUUUUGGUGAUCACAUGGUGACAGAUGAGUCAGAUCAGGUGUCUGGGGUACAGCAGCAUAUUUUGGAGCAGCAAAAGGAAGAUGGAGAUGGGGAACCAGCAACAUUAGUUCUAAAGAAGGAUCUGAACAACCAGUGGGAAGAAAGCCAGAAACAAGAGCCCAUAAUGAUGGUGCAUGAUGUAGAGUCAGAUACAGACAUUUGUAGCAGAACACUUUCUACCUCACCAACCAAAAACACAGUGACGCUUGGAGCGGAGAAGCUUGUAGAUUUGGAUUUUUCCCAUUUGCAGGAAAAUGGAUUUGAUAGAUGCCAGAAGACCGACAUCUCACCAUCAAUUGAAGUAGAGAUACAGGAUGUUAUGGAAUCCAGUAGUUCCAAGCAGUACCGGUACCACACAUCUGCUGUUGGACCCAGCAAACCUCUAACAGGAGAAAAACCAUCCUACAUGAACUCAGGACACAAGGGAGCAGUGAACAGCAGUACCUUACCCACAAACCAGCCUAUACUCAGCAGAGAAAAGAUCGGAACAAACUGUUUGUAUGAAAGACCAGCAGAGCAUAAAGAUCGCUUCACACGCUGGAACUCAGAGACCGCCAGCUCCUCAUCCUGCUGUUAUACAAAAGACUCUAACCAAGAUCAAGACUGUGUGCUAGUUCAGUCAGAGCCUGUAUUAUCAGUCAGAGGCUCGAAAGGUAGAUUAAAAGGACCAUUAUCUUCCCGAACCCAUUGUGUUAGAAAUGCAGACGCACCAGAAGGGCCCAUCAGAGAAAAAGAAACAUGGAAUCAAGGUUAUAUUUUAAAGCACAGUCAAUCUGAACUGUCAGGCCACAUCAGUAGGCCAGAAGGAGUUCAGGUAGAAACGGCAGGUACAACAAACCCCUCGUAUUUUAACAAUACAAGUACCCAAAUAAUGCCUAGUUUUUCCCAGCCUGGUGUUUCUCUCGCUGGAAUGAAUCUUCCACCACACAUAGAGAAAGAUAAGCGAAAAGGCUACAUUUGUAAAUUCUGUGGAAAAGCCUUCGCUGGGAUGUCCAAUGUUGUGGCCCACCAGCGGGUUCAUACAGGGGAGAAGCCUUUUAAGUGUGAUAUUUGUGGGAAGUUAUUCACAGAAGCAGGUAACCUGAAAAAACACCAGAGAGUUCACACAGGAGAAAAACCAUAUAUAUGUAACCGCUGCGGGAGGCGAUUCGCCUGGAUCUGCAACCUGAAAACGCAUCAACAGUCAGCCGCCUGUGGAGGUGUCUCGUGAAGACAUCUCGUGACAUGCAGGGCUUCCCAACAUACGCUUUUUUGUAAACCAACCAUUGUUUAACAACUAGUGGCUUGGUGUUCAUACUACGAAAAUAAAUGUGUAGCAAAUUUUACACAAGAAGGCAGAAAGAAAAAAAUGUUUUACUGUUCCACCAUGUCCGUGAAUUGUAAUAUUAAAGAUGAACAGCUGGUGGUGCAAAAGCACAAAUACACAGAAGCAUGUUGUCUU